AUGAUUCACACAGACAAUUUAGCUGAUGUCAACAGUUCAGUCCAUGUAGUGGGCUGUACCGAAGGCGUUGGCAUCACCUGUGCAGCUGGUUCGGGGACGGCUCUUGUUUUUGAUCUGGGCUUUGGCGUGGUAAUGAGGAGUACUGUGACUCUGGAAGGAUUAGGCGUGUACGGAUGUGAAG